ACCUGAGUAAGAGGCAGUGUCUCUAUUAUAACCUUCUACCACAAUUAUAACCCUUAGAAAACAUUUUAAUUAAUAGUUAGAAGCCAAAGGAAACUUGAUCAUUGUCCAAAGUACGACAUAGUACGUACUGUAGUGCAAAGUGCCUGUACGCAUUAUAUAUAUAGAAAUAUAUAGUGGUGAUCGUGGAGUGGAGUGCAGCAAAGACACGCCAUGAAUGGUUGACUCCAGUGAAAAAUAAGUUAGAAUGGAAGAGGCAGGUAGUGGUGAAGGGGGCUCUGGCGGUGCCUUCAGUCAGAUGGAUAUACUGACGGCACAAGUGCUGCUCAAGAAAGGGAAGCGCUAUGCUGCCAAGUAUCUCCGGGAUGAAUGUUUACGAAACCUCUCACCUGGGGAUCUGCAGACACCUCGCACACAGGUGUUGGGUGAGCUGCUCGACCUGCUGCUGAACCCUGCCAUGCGUAUAAAGAACUGGGACACCAUCGACUGGCUCAAGUGGCUUAUGGCUGCCGGUCGAACCCCAGACGACUUCUUCAAUACAGUUCGUCGGUAUGACAACGCGACGACGUGUGGGCUGGUGUGGACGGCAAACUUUGUGGCCUACCGCUGUCGAACCUGUGGUAUAUCACCCUGUAUGAGUCUCUGUGCUCAGUGCUUUCAGGAGGGAAACCACGAGGGUCACGACUUCAACAUGUUUCGGUCACAGGCUGGUGGUGCGUGUGACUGUGGCAACUCUGCUGUCAUGAAGGAGUCGGGUUUUUGUCAUCGUCACGGGUCACAAGCACAAUUAAAUAAGCCGGAAGUUCCACCGGAUCUUUUAGCAAUCGCAGAUGCCCUUAUGCCCAGAAUUUUUCUACGCUUUAUACAACACUGUCGAGAACAUAGCCCGGAGUCCUUAGACCAAGUAUUAGAGGCGAUGGAGGAGUCCUCUUUGUUCCUAGACCUCCUGCAGGACCUGAGUCGCCUGGGAGCUGCUAUGAGAAAGACCAUGACCAAGUCUCUAUGUAACCCAAUUGUUUACCGCGAACUGACCCAGACAACGUGUAACCACUCCAACCGAGAAUAUCUAUUACAGAGUGGGAGGUUGUACGAGGAAGCUCUCAACAGUAUUCCCUUUGGUGAAGUGCCUCCUGGAUAUCAAGAUGUGGCGACGCUAAACGGGCCGUUAAUACACAAGACGUUUUUAGACGAAAUAGUCUUCUGGACGGUCAAGUUUGAGUUUCCGCAAAAGCUGGUGUGUUUGUUGUUGAAUAUGCUGCCGGACACUGAGUAUGAGGUGAGUUGGUUGAUAGCUUGCAGUCUUUAGGCCUCGUGAAGAUUA